AUGGAGUAAUAGGAUAAUUGCUUUAAUAAUCUGGAAGAUUUAAUGAAGUCUAACUUAAAAGCUCUAACUCUUAUUGAAUUACAGUUAAAUGAUAAUAAAAUAGGUAAUGAAGGAGCAUAAAAUAUAGGAUUAGGCUUGAGUAACUGUUUUUAACUUACAAAUUUAAACUUAGGCAUAUCCUCAAAUUAAAUUGGGGAUGAUGGAGCUUCUAGUAUAGGUAGAGCUCUUGGUAACUGCAAAUUCCUAACUGAUCUUAACUUUUAUAUUUGGGAUAAUAAAUUUGGUGAUGAAGGAGCAUAAAAUAUUGGAUUAGGUUUGAGUAACUGCACUUAACUUACAAAUUUAAACUUAGACAUAUCUAAUAAUUAAAUUGGAGAUGAUGGAGCUUCUAGUAUCGGUAGAGCACUUGAUAACUGCAAAUUCCUAACUAAUAUUAACUUGUAGAUUUGGGAUAAUAAAAUCGGUGAUGAAGGAGCAUAAAAUAUCGGAUUAGGCUUGAGUAACUGCACUUAACUUACAAAUUUAAACUUAGGCAUAUAGCAAAAUAAAAUUGGUGAUGAAGGAGCAUAAAAUAUUGGAUUAGGUUUGAGUAACUGCACUUAACUUACAAAUUUAGAUAAUAAAAUUGGUGUUGAAGGAGCGUAAAAUAUCGGAUUAGGUUUGAGUAACUGCACUUAAAUUACAAAUUUAGUAUUUAGCAUAUCCUCAAAUUAAAUUGGAGAUGAUGGAGCUUCUAGUAUAGGUAGAGCUCUUGGUAACUGCAAAUUCCUAACUGAUCUUAACUUUUAUAUUUGGGAAAAUAAAAUUGGUGAUGAAGGAGCAUAAAAUAUCGGAUUAGGUUUGAGCAACUGCACUUAACUUACAAAUUUAGUAUUUUUCAUAUCCUCAAAUUAAAUUGGGGAUGAUGGAGCUUCUAGUAUCGGUAGAGCACUUGGUAACUGCAAAUUCCUAACUAAUAUUAACUUGUAGAUUUGGGAAAAUAAAAUUGGUGAUGAAGGAGCAUUAAAUAUUGGAUUAGGCUUGAGCAACUGCACUUAACUUACAAAUUUAGACUUUAACAUUUCCUCAAAUUAAAUUGGGGAUGAUGGAGCUUCUAGUAUCGGUAGAGCACUUGGUAACUGUAAAUUCCUAACUAAUCUCGAAUUUUAGAUUUGGUAACGUUGA